AUGUACUUCACCAGUGUUUCCUUUUGUUCAGGUUGCUGCUGUGGAGCAGAGAAUGUGGAGGAAGCAACAGAACAGAAGGUUUCUGUAAGAGUGUCACAGGCAAGGAAUCCCAAGGUAGCCUUGUCUUCCCAGAAGAGCCACCCCUGUGAGAGUUGUGGAUUCGUCUUGGGAAACAUUUUCCACGUGAUGGAGCUGCAGGGAACACAACACGGACAGAUACUGUUGAGGUGCGGGGCAUGUGCAAAACGGUUUUACUUCCGUGUAAAAUUUCACCAGCAGCCCGGGAGAGAGAACACUGUCAUUAGAGGGGUGGACAGCAUCUCACUUGGAAACAGCUACAAUUUCAAUGUGUCCCAGAAUCAUUUCUCCUGCGGGGAGGUUCAGCAGGGUGUUCUUACCGGGUUAGGUCAUCUCCACCUAAAGGCUACUCAGACCAGGGACAGUCCAAAUGCUACUCCAGCAUGUGUGAUGACGUUUCAAAGGAGACAAAAUGAUUACACCAGAAAAGACAUUACUUACACCCACACGUUUAUUCAGGAAAAGGGUUUUUAUUCAGGAAAUCGGUGUUUUGUGUCCUCUGAAUGUGGAAAAUAUUUUAUCAAAUUUUCUUGCUUUCAUGAUCAACAGCGAGGUCACACUGGAGAAAGGCCGUAUCAGUGCAGUGAAUAUGGGGAAGCUUUUAGCAGUAGUAAUAGCCAAGGUGAUCAUGAAGCUUUGCACACUGGAGAAAGGUCUUAUCACUGCCUUGAAUAUGGGAAAGCUUUUAGCAGUGCUAACAGCCUAAGUGAUAAGCAAGCUUUGCACAGUGGAGACAGGCCUUAUGAGCGCAGUGAAAAUGGAAAAGCUUUUUCCAGUAGCAGUGCCCUCCAUUAUGAUCAGAGAGUUCACACAGGGGAAAGGCCUUAUGAGUGCAGUGAAUGUGGAAAAUCUUUUAAAAAUAUCUCUCACCUUCAUAAACAUGAGAGAGUUCAUACAGGAGAAAAGCCUUAUCAAUGCAGUGAAUGUGGGAAAUUUUUUACCACUAACAACCAUCUUCGUAUUCAUCAGAGAGUUCACACUGGAGAAAAGCCUUACAAAUGCACUGAAUGUGGGAAAUCUUUUAGCACUAACACCAACCUUCGUAUUCAUCAGAGAGUUCACACUGGAGAAAAGCCUUAUAAAUGCAGUGAAUGUGUGAAAUCUUUUACCUGGAGCACUGCCCUUCGUCGUCAUCAGAGAAUUCACACUGGAGAAAAGCCUUAUCAAUGCAGUGAAUGUGGUAAAUCUUUUCGUACUACGACGCACCUUCGUACUCAUCAGAUAGUUCAUACAGGAGAAAAGCCUUAUGAGUGCAGUGAAUGUGGGAAGUCUUUUCCCAGAAGCACUGAACUUCGUCGUCAUCAGAGAGUUCACACUGGAGAAAGGCCUUAUAAAUGCAGUGAAUGUGGGAAAACUUUUACCACUCACACCCAUCUUUGUCGUCAUCAGAGAGUUCACACUGGAGAAAAGCCUUAUAAAUGCAGUGACUGUGGGAAAUCUUUUACCAGUAGCACCCAUUUUCGUAAUCAUCAAAGAAUUCAUACAGGAGAAAAGCCUUAUAAAUGCAGUGAAUGUGGGAAGUCUUUUACCUGGAGCACUGCACUUCAUCGUCAUCAGAGGAUUCAUAUAGGAGAAAAGCCUUUUACGUGCAGUGAAUGUGGGAAAUCUUUUAUCACGAAGACCCACCUUCGUAGUCAUCAGAGAGUUCACACUGGAGAAAACAGUUAUAAAUGCAGUGAAUGUGGAAAGUCUUUUACAAGUAGCACUGGUCUCCAAUAUCAUCAGAGAGUUCACAGUGGAGAAAAUCCUUAUCAAUGUAGUGAGUGUGGGAAAUCUUUUGCGUUUAACUCUCACCUUCAUCGUCAUCAGAGAGCUCACACUGGAGAUAGAUAG